AUGCGCGCCCAGCCUUUGUCGCCCGGUCUCGCUCUGGGGUACUUGGGAGAAGCGCUGCUCUUUCCCUUGCUUGUUUCUCCCCGAAGUACCUACCUCGUGUGCUCGCCUCCUUCCUCCUGUGUCGCCGCCAAUCCUUCCCAUCGUGGCCCCAAUGCUCCGUGGCUUCUUCUUUGGGGUUCAUCCAAACAAACCGUGACUGCGCUCCUAUCCAUCCCUCCUUCUCUGCAAUCCUCUCGCUGUCUGUCUCUCCCGUUUGUCGCAGAAGGUGGAUUGCGCGUUCUUUCAUCGCAACUCGGCAACGUCAAGCAUCUCAUCGACUGCGACCACCCUCCAUCAGACUGUUUCCACUUCGGUCCCGUCUCCCUGGAUUGCGCCCUUCCCAACGCGAAACUCUCCGGCACUCGACCACACUCCAGCGAUACUCCCUCCAUCGAAGCCAUCCUCCCCCUCUGCCAGACUUCCAGUCAUUCCGAUUACUCCAGUCGUUCCCGUUGUCGCGCUCUUCGAUUUCCUCGAGGAAGCAUCUGUACUCCGCAAAUCGUCUUAUCAAACUCCAACCACAUCCUGGCCGCGCUCACCACCCCUCCACGCGUCCACCGUCACUUCGCUGCGCAUUUCGCACCCUUCUCAACGGCGAUAGUCCCGGCAGCGCCACACUUUAAGCUCAGAACGCUGCGACGCUCCCCUCCCCUCCGCAGAGGCCACUCACUAGUCCCGGCGUCAUCAAGCAGCACUAGCACGCCCUCCAAGUCUCCAUCCCGGGGCCCCUUUGGUUCCUCGAGGGAAAAAGUCCACGUCGUAUCGCCCGCCGCGAUAUACCUACGGGGACCUGGAGAUCCCAGUCGAAGCUGGAAGGUACGGAUAGUCAGCCUGCACACACCUGCUUACGCCUGCGGCUUGCUUGGCUCGCCCUUGCAACCUCGUUGUUCCACUCAAACAGGCCUUCUGGCGACCCGCUCCCACUCCGGCCUAGGUAUUGCUGGUCGCAGUCAAUCUAUCUGGCUGCGUGCCUCAAGAAUGCCACCUUCAUCAUCGUCGCCACCCCCAAUCCUCGCCAUUACGGCCACUUAUCUACACCUGCUGGCCCAACACCUCCCCCGGCCCCUCUACGAAGUCCUUCAAAAGCUUCACAACCACAUUGCGCGCUUCUUCGCCGCCGUCGCAUCAUCUGCUCUCGUCGUUCGCAUACACUCGCUUAUCCCUGCCAAGAUGCAUCGCCCGCUGGGCUUCUCGGCCUUUCUGGUCACGCUGUUCUUGAUAUUCGGACUACCCGUCAUCCUCGCCCAGAGCGAGCCGUUCCACUGUUAUCCAUACCCGCCCGCCGACAAGCUCGCCAGUCCCUUCAUCACCUUGCAGCCGCAUUGCUGUAAGGGCUCAAUCGACAACAAGCUGAGAGUAGGCACCGACUGCGAAUUGGCCAACGGAGGAAAAUACAAGACAAAGUUUGGACAGGAUCUGGGAACUUGCGCGACAGGCUGGGUGGACGCGUGCUGCAUGCGACUGCAUUACCCGCCCGAAAUUGCACGGCCAGAAAUGUCCUAUUGUGAUGCAGGCUUUCUCGUCAAGGCCGAAGCCAAGAAUAUCAUUGAUGCCCCCACGGCAGGGUCAGGCGAAACGAGUGAAAUAUGGGACACCUCCACGGCCGAUGAUGCCCCAGGAAAUGCGGCGUGGGGCGAGAGAUCGAGCGAGACCCAGCGAAACCCCAGCGGCUCCAGCGAGUCAGGGUAUCUCCACCGCCGCAACGAUCCGAGUGAAGAGAUUAUCGACUAG